UCUGCUCAUGGAGGAAGGAAAACAGAUCUGCUUGAACUUGAAGGAGUUGCAUCAAUCAAUUAGUUACUUUAUUGAAAUUGAUGUUUUACAUCUUUUGGGUUGAUCGAACUUGAGCAUGGUGAAUACCUGCCAAGUGCCCAGAGCCAACAUGUAUGGCCAAGCCUUAAACUCUAGCAAGUUGUAGAAUGGCAACACGAGAGCAAAUCGCCUGGGCUGGUCUACUUAUCACAGGGGUUUUGAUUUAUGGAUCCCACUCCGUGUUAUUAAGUCUUUGUAAGGUGGACGGCCAGAUACCGUUCCAUUCUACAUCGGUCGUGGUGUUGAUUGAAGCUGCCAAGUUAGUCCUUUCCUUGGUCAUGUACUUGGCUAGCGGUGCACAAUCUAGCAGUCAGUUCUCCCACUGUACAUUCAUCAAGAGUCUGUCGUAUGCUGUUCCAGCCUUACUCUAUGGAGUUAACAACAACAUCAUUGUGUAUGCUCAGGAACACAUGGACCCUGCAAGCAGUCAGGUUCUUGGUAACUUGAAGAUUGUCACGACUGCAGUUUGGUAUCGACUGGUGAUCCAUAAGAGGCUAACAUGGCAACAGUGGCUUGCUGUUGGUCUGUUAGGAAUGGCUGGCAUGUGUUAUGGUGGCGCUCAAGUGAGACAGUCUGAGUUGAUUGAACAUGACGUCCACAAACCUUACUUGACAGUGACUGGUAUCCUGCUGAUGCUGGUGUACUGUACCAUAUCAGGCGCAGCAGGCGUGUACACCGAGUACAUACUCAAAAGGCAAUCUCAGACGCCUUUACAUUUACAGAAUAUCCAGCUGUAUUUAUACGGUGUUUCCCUGAACAUGCUGGCAUUUUAUUCCUCAACCUGGAAUUCGGAUCAUGCAGCCAAGAAAUUCUUUGAUGGGUAUUCACUAUGGACAGUCAUCAUAAUUAUCUCUCAGGCGGUGAUCGGACUGAUCAUGUCGGUGGUCAUGAAACACGGCAGUAAUAUCAUACGGCUGUUUGUUAUCUCCUGCGCCAUGAUUGCCAACGCUGUCCUCUCGAUGGUGGUCUUGGCCCUGCAACCGACGGCCAACUUCUGGUUGGCCUUUGUCAUGGUGCUCUUCGCCCUACACUUGUACUACCAGAAACAGUCGUGUGUUUCAUAUUUAACAAAGUUCUUUCCAGUGUAGUUACUUCCCACCAGAGGUCAUGUAAAACUAUCUGCCCAUCGGUAUCUGGUUCGUGUGACAUCACUGCACAUGCACUGUAUGAAGAAUUACGUGCAUUGAUCGCCAUGUACAUGGAACCAUGGAACCGGAAGUUAAUGCACAACUUCAGCGAUCGUCCAAUGGGAGCUGCAAAUCUUGGCACAUUUACUUGUAUGAUGAAGUCACGAACCUUUUAUAAUUGUGGACAAGUAGUUAAAUGGUUAAAAUACUCAUUUUUCUCAAACUCGGAACAAUAUGCUGAGCUAGAGCUUUUAUGCUUUCCUUGACUGUUCCUCUUUCUUAUGCCACAGAUAAUCCCAACCUUAAAACACCUUUAAACCUGUUUUGCCAGAACCUUGUGUGGACCUGCCUUAGUCCACACAAGGUUCGUACAACCCACAUUAUGUGGACCUCUUUUGUUCAUGGGUCCACAGUAGGUGUGUAAAGUUGGUACACUCUGAGAAGUCUGUCGAGGUGGACCAUGCAAUGAACUUGAACAUGGCUUUAAGUUUUUGCAGAUUGCAGGAGGACCUAUACAAACACAUGUACUGUUCAAAUAAUUCUUGUAAAUAAGUUUUUGUGGCUUUAGGCAGUAUAUCAAAAGUUGGACACUAUACAGGAUUUUCAGUCACGUGACUUUUGACGGUCAGCAUUCAGUUUACUCAGAUGGGCGCAUUAUGGGUGCAAAAACAUGCGCCUUUAAAGUCUCUCAUCUUUCUGACGUACGUGAAAUUGCCAACUGAAAUACCUGGACUCGAAAAUGCAUGCACCUCCACGGAUAUGGUGUGCUUCCUGAAAUGCCUUUGCCCGUCAUGUUACGUCGCAUGAAAAACAUCUUCAUAGGCCUGCCUUGUCUUCUUGGAAAGUCAAAGUUAUCGGCCAAAAUAUUAUCACCAGCAAGUGGUUCAGAUUGCAACUUGGGAUAUUUUUGCUAAAAAAAAAAGUGUGUUGCUUGUUUGCCUAAUCUUGUGCUAUGUAGCUGCAACAUUCAAUGGUGCAUCCAGCAUUUACAAAAGGGGGAGGAGUGUGCCCAACAUGUGCUGGAUGUCUUCCCCACCCCCUUUUUAGAUCUGCAACUUAUAUUUGAAAUAGAUAACAUCGGUUGAAGCAGUUUCAUCCCGACAGGGCUGUUACUUUUGGGGAAGGGCAUGGACCAUGAUUAACAUUAGCUGUGGUCGCUUGGACGUUUUUUUUUACAAUGGAAUACGGUGUUGAUAUUUCAUACUUUUAGUUCUGUUUGUUGAAAGAGCUCUAAGGUAUGUAAUAUUAUUCAGUAUUGCCCUUUUGUAUAUAUUGUGCAGCGUGUAUGAUAUCAGAAAUACAAUUCAAUUUUGAAAUUUA